GAGGCGCAUCGCAACAACCUGCAGAGCUAGUUUGGACGCAAGCAUCCGGAGCAGUAAUCGUAUGAGUGGAGCAUUUACCGUUCUCUAUCUUCAUUUUGGGAACUUCUAAUAAGAUAGCAUACUGGAAAAUGGAUUGUUCCGAAGAAGUACAGUCGCUCUCGGAUGAAGCCAGCACUCCAAUUGAAUUAAAGAAAGGAAUGUCCAUUUUUCUUGAUAUUUUAAGAAGAGCGGAUAAAAAUGAUGAUGGAAAGCUGUCCUUUGAAGAGUUCAAAGCCUACUUCUCGGACGGCGUUCUGACUGUCGACGAGCUUCAGCAGCUCUUCCACACCAUAGACACCCACAACACAGAUAACGUGGACACGGAUGAGCUCUGUGAAUACUUCUCUCAGCACCUUGGCGAAUAUGAAAAUGUCUUGGCUGCCCUGGAGGACCUGAAUACUUCCAUAUUGAAGGCCAUGGACAAGACUAAGAAGGACUACCAGGAAGCCACCCACCUGGAGCAGUUUGUGACCCGUUUCCUGUUGAAAGAGACCACCAAUCAGCUCCACUCGCUGCAGAGCUCCCUGGAGUGCGCCAUGGAGACCACGGCUGAACAGACGCGUCAGGAAAGACAAGGUCCAAUGAAGCCAGAGGUGUUGACGAUCCAGUGGUCUGGCAGGCGUUCCAAUCGAAGACUUCAAAGGAAUAACAGCCUAUCACCCAACAACCCUCUCCUCAGCCUGGUCAACUCAGGUGUGUAUGAUGAGGAUAAUCAAUGGAUGACACAGGUCAAUAGACUGCAGAAGCUUAUCGACCGUCUCGAAAAGAAGGAGCUUCGUCUGGAGCCUGUGGAAGAGGAGGUCUUGGGGAGCAGCACCAAAUCACACAUCCUGAUCGUCCAGAGGCAGCUGUCGGUGCUGGAGGAGGACCUGGAGGAGUUCCGCCUGGCACUCAGACAGUACAUGCAGUGUGCUUGUGCCCAGACCGGCUGCCUACAUGUCGCAGUGCAGCGGCUCGCGAAUGAGUCACGCUUCAUCCUCUAUGAAUUCUGGGAGCACAACAACGUUUGGAAGAAUCACCUACAGACCAACUACAGUAAGACCUUCCAGAGGGGCAACGUGGACUUCCUGGAGACCCCCGAAAUGAUGACCACCAUGCUGGUUCCUGCUUCCUGGUGGGUCCUGAACAACAACUGAAAAUGGCCAACCUUCCAGAUGUGGGCAGCCAUGAUCGACCUUAUCUCCUAGUCAGGAAAUCUCCAUGUUCCUUCAUUCUUAGUGUCGUAGUGGUCGUGUUUGCAAUCCUAUGUGUUUCGACGUUUCUAAAGCAAUGACCUCAUUGGAACCAGCUCAUUGGCAAUCUGACGAAUGACAUCAUCACUGUGUUGACAUAUGACAUAAUCAGCAGUGGAUCAGCCAUUUCGUAGCGGAUGUAUGAGCCAGACUUACAGUGUGUGUGUGUGCGUGUGCGUGUAUGAGUUAGCGUUUGAGUUGAGUGUAUGAUAGAGACAUGUCAUAUUAUUGUGUAGCAGGUGUUGGGAGGAUAAACUAAGUCUAUCUUUGUGAAGAUUUUACCUGUUGUAUUUGAUGUGUAUAAAACUGUAGUUGAGAUAUGUCAGUCUAAAAUAAAGAUAGGUUGUUGUCUGU